AUGAACCCAGCCAUGAUGGCCUCUUACGGUGGAGGCGGCAACAAGUUUGGAUAUGGCGGCGGUGGCGUCAACCCUUCGCAGCUCAUGGGUGGGAUGGGCAUGGAAGGUAUGGGAAUGGGUGGAAUGGGUAUGGGAAACAUGAAUGGGUUGGGUGCCAUGAGCGGUAUGGGUGGUAUGAAUAACGUGAAUGGGAUGGGUGUUGGUGGAAUGGGAGGUAUGGGGAUGAAUGGCGGCCACCAGAACGCUCAAAUGUUGCAACAGCAAGGCUUUGGGAACAUGAAUGGUUCAGGGAUGGGGAACGUGGGUGGGAUGGGGAUGGGGAUGGACGGUAUGAAUGCGAUGGGAAACAUGGGCAUGGGUGGUAUGGGAGGUGGUAUGGGAGGCAUGGGCAUGGCGACUAUCAAUCCUGCAGCGUUGGGCGGGAAUGCCGCAAGCGCCAACAUGUCAGGUAUGAAUCCUAUGGGUGGUAUGGGGAAUAUGGGCGGCAUGGGCAUGGGCAUGGGAGGCAUGAACCAGGGGAUGAACCCCAACGCCACCGGUAUGAGCCAUGGAAUGAAUAUGGGUAUGAACAUGGGUAUGAACGCCAAUAUGGGCUCAAUGGGCGGCAUGUCUACUCCUAACGCCACUUCAAACCAUCCCAACAACGCGAACAUGAAUGGCGGUAUCGCAAUGAACCCAAUUCCGAACUCGCACCACUCCAACCCUGCCGGUGGCUCGUCGCUGAAUAUGGGCGCUAAUUCCCAUAACCAGUCGAUGAACAACAUGAACAUGAACGCGCAGCUCAAUAUGAAUAUGAUGCAGCUACUGCAGAAUAUGGGGCUGACAAAGCAGCAGUUCAUGCAGCUUCCACCGCAAGACAAGCAGAUGAUCCAGGCGAAGGUUAUGAGCGCGACGCAGGCCCAACAGAUGCAAAUGCGAAAUCAAGGUCAGGGGGGACAGCAGCACUCCCAGCCCGGUCAGAUCCAGAUCGGUCAAGGAAUGAACGCGCAAGUCGGUCAAGGCCAGGUACAGCAAAUGCAAGAUGGACACAUUCACCAACCGGUUCCAGCUGGUGACGGCAUACCGUCGCUUUCACAUCCACGAAGUGCGAGCGCCGCUUCGGGCGCGGGGGGGCAAUUUUAUGACCGCCCUUCGUCAUCCGCUUCUAUGCACAGUCAAGCUCAGCCGACUAGUAAUGGUGGUAGUGGAAUGGGUUCUCAACAAAUGAUGCCACCGCCUCCUCGACCGCCUACCGCGCAAGGGCAACGAUCAAUGGGACAACAGAUGUCCCGUCCGGGCACAUCGCAUUCUCAUCAUUCUCCCAGCGCUUCUAGCGGUAGCGGACAAGGAAGACCUCCUAGUCGAGCGGCUAGUGUGAACGAUUUUGGACCAGGAACUUCUGCUCCAAUGCACGCACCUCAAAGCCAAACACAAGGCGGAGGAAUGGGGAUGCCCAAUGGAAAGCCUCCAACGCCGUCUGGCUCGUUCACGAAUGGAACCCAGAUGCCUUUCCAACAACCACAGCAACAUCAGCAACAGAUGAACAUGCACAUGCAGGGCCACGCUGGAUCGCCUCCUCCUGGAUCGCCGAACAGAAAGAGAAAGGCUGGUUUGGAUUCGCCUAGGAUUGGGAGUGUCGAUAGCUUACCUGGUCAAAUGGGGAUGGGGAUGAUGGGUCCUCCUGUUCUACCGCGACAGCAAAGUGGCGGAGGUGAAGGGCAGGUUGUGCCGAUGACGCCGCAGAUGGGUCAGAUGAAUGGCAUGCCGAUUCCGCCAAGACCGCAGUCUUCAAAUGGAAUGAUACCCCCUCAAGGUGCCCGUAUAAAUGCGCAAAUGGCGCAGAAUAUGAGUAUGGGUGCAAUAAACGCCGGUAUGCCCCCAGCAGCAAUGAUGGGCAUACCUAUGGAUCCGGGAACGCCCCAAAGGCAAAGUUCGAUACCGCCCCAGACCCCCGGCUUCGCUGGAACCCAGACGCCUAGACAACCUUCAUUGCCGCCUCCUGGGACUCCACAAAAGAUGCAGCAAGAAGCCCUCGCUACCAAUGCGGUGGGCGUUAACGUUGGCCCGAUAGUGACUUCAAGGUCAAGUCUGCCGCCCUCGGGCGGUGCUCCGAGCGUUGCUUCAACGUCGCAGGUCCCUCAACAACCGGCGGUUAUACCCCAACUCCCGCCACUCCCUGCGAAUGUGUCGCUCAACCCUGCUGUCACGAGAGUGACAGUCGUGCCAUUGGUGGAUUCCACAAAACUCAUCGCGACUUUGACUGAAGCGGAGAUUGAGGAUAUUAAGGCGUGGAUGAAGGUCGAUAAGGAGUAUGACGGUGUGUAUAGGAAGAUGAAGGACAAGAUGGGCGAGGAGCUGAGGGAGACGUUCGGCCCAGCUAGUCUUGCGUGGUGGGAGAAGGGAUCUUUGACCACCAAUGGCAGUCGAUUUAGGAGAGGACGGGAGCAAUUUGAUAUUAGAUACCCUGGUGUGAGGAGAGAACCACGAGACAGGAAGAAAGUGCCGAGACGCGAGGGUCUUCGACUUCCUCGGCGGCUGAAGGUUGAAGAUGCGGACCGCCCGGAAGAGCUGGUGCCUAUACGUUUGGAGUUUGAUGUUGAGCAGCAUCACAAGAUGAGGGAUACUUUCGUUUGGAAUCUAAAUGAUCCUGUGGUUACGCCGGAAAGCUUUGCUCAGUCUGUUGUCGACGACUACGGCCUCGGAGCAAGUUACCAUUCGAUCAUUGUCAAGUCGAUACAAGAGCAACUCAGCGAUUACAAGGCCCACUCCAGCAACUACGAUGGUGACGAGAAGCAGAUCGUUUUGGAGGAGCCUCCUUUGCUGAAGGGCACGUUGUGUACCGAAGACUUGGCAUGGUGGGAGUCGUGGCGAAAACGAAUACGGUCUCAAUAUCGUGGGUCGUCGGCAAGGAAGAAGUUUGGUAGCAAGUCCCGUAAGCGUCGGAAAGUCGCAGACCUGCUUACUCCUGGCGAUGCUGCGAAUGACGAAGACUCGAAGCAACUGGAAUCCUCUGGGCCCGAUGUUACCGUCGUCGAAGAGCCAUCAAUAUACGAAGACAUGAGGAUCCUGAUUAAGCUGGAUAUCAUCGUGGGGUCAAUCAAGCUUGAUGACCAGUUUGAGUGGGACCUUGACAACACGGACGCUUCGCCUGAAGAGUUCGCCGAAGUCUAUGCUAGAGAACUUGGGCUCGUUGGAGAAUUCAAGACGGCCAUCGCACACUCUAUUCGCGAACAAGUUCAGGCGUACCAGAAGUCACUCUUCCUGAUUGGCCAUCCUUCGGACGGUGCACUAGUGCAAGAUGAUGAUCUUCGAAUGUCCUUCCUACCAAGUUUAACGUCCGGCGCUCGAUCCAUAUCUGAGGUCCAAGCAUUCACUCCACUCCUCAACUACCUCAGCGACGGCGAAAUCGAGAAGAAUGAGAAGGAGCGCGACAAGGACAUGAACAAGCGCAGGAAGCGGGCGACCAGAGGGAGACGCGGCGUUGCCCUCCCAGACCGCGAGCCUAUUCGCACUUAUAGAACCCCUGCCAUCGGAUUUCCGGAACUCGAUCCCGCUACACUUGCCGCCGCUAUUGCUGCCGCCGCACCCACAUCCAGGAGAGCUGCAGCUGCAGCGGCUUCCCUCACGAUCGCCAAUAUGGUUGCUUCUGAGAAUGGUACUGCCUUCAUUUCGCCGCAAUCGCUCCCUACGGCGCCACAGCCGACGCCUGCUCAAUCAAAAGAAAAGAAACCGAAGGGAUUGUUCAAACCUCCGCCAUUGCCCGAAACUGUUCUCCUCCCUCGAGCGCAAGUCACUGCUCCUACGCCAUCUACAGCCGCCGAUGUCACCAAGCUGCCUGCCCCCCUUGAGAACGACCCACCGAUGGAUCCUAUUGAGCCUCCAGUGUCGGCUGCUGCUCAGCCACCAGAUAGUCGCUUCUCCAAGGUGAUGACAGCGAAGAGGGUGAAGGAGUUGGAACGCGAAGCAAAGGAGAAGGAGUUUGCUGAUGGUCAGCAUCCGAACUACAUUGAUGGCGUUUGGCACUGCUCCAACUGCGGCUGUCCCGAAAGUAUCGCGGUCGGGCGUAGGAAAGGUCCGCUCGGGGACAAAUCCCAGUGCGGUACUUGCGGCAAGUUCUGGCAUCGUCAUCGUCGUCCACGGCCGAUUGAAUAUAACACCAGCCUCGACUUCCAUCAAGGCGUCAAGAAAGAAGCUGAGACUGCGAAGACAGGUGUCAAGAAGAAAGGUGGUGCUGCAGCCCUGCGAGCACAAAGCACUACGUUGCCCAAUACCCCCUCCGAGCUCCCAUCAGAACCUCCCACACCUGCGCGAAAUGACAAGGCUGAUGUAGAUGUGUCCUUGCAUCCUACCGAAGAACAAGACCGUCCUGUGUCACCAGUGUCCACGGCAUCGAGUGCAUCUGAGCCACCAUUAUCGCAGCGAGUGAGGGCGAACGGGACGAUCCCCCAUGUGUCCCCUCCUGCACCUGCACCGUCUGCACGGCACACUUCCCCAGCGCCACCCACAAGGCCCAAUCCCAGUGUCGUCCCUGUAGUUGAGAUCCCAACAUCAUCAUCGUCAUCGUCCAGUCCUUCCAAGACAUAUGCUCCUAAUUGGCUUACUGCCGCGAUGCAGGCUAUGCAGGCAAAGUACACUAAUGACAAGUUCGAAGUCAUUCUCCGCAAGGUUACAGCUUCGACUACCCCUGAAUGGCGCAUCAAGUGUUUGGACUGUCCGGGCAAGCUAUAUACACCGGGGCCUGGCGAGACACUGUCCAACUACGAGGUCCACCUUAAAAAUCGACAACACAGACAGCGCGUUAACGAACGCCUUAAUGGCAGCUCAGCAUCGUAG